GUGGGCAACUUCUCCGACGAGAUUCCCGAAACACACAUCGCGUGGAUCAAGAAGCGGGAGAUGUUCUUCGUCGCCACCCCGCCCCCCAGUGCCGACCGGCUCGUCAAUGUCUCGCCUAAGGGUGUCUGCGACUCGUUCCAGAACAGGGCGUGGUACGAGCAUCUGAGUGGGAGUGUCCCACGAUCUCGCACCUGUAGGAGAAAGAACGAACGGAUGGCGACCAUGUUCUGCGCGUUGGAGGGCGCGGCGCGCGUCAUGCGCAUCUGGGGCACGGGCAGGGUGCUUGAGCUCGGCACCCUGGAGUCAUUCCCUCGGAGAAACGUCUGGCAGGGUCGCAUGCGGCGAUCGUUCGCCUGA